CAUAUCUUGAUCUACAAGGCAACAAUAUACGAACGAUGCCUUCGCGUGCCUUUUGGGGCCUGAGUAAACUUAUACGAUUAGAUAUUCACCAAAGUCGCAUAAAAAACAAUCCAAAACGAUUCAUUUGAGGGACUCGACUCUCUAGAAAUUCUGGACCUUACUGGAAAUCCUAUUUCCCAUGUAACAAGCGACAUGUUUAUUCCAUUUUGUCCAAGGCUUCGAUCUUUGAUUUUACCUCAGAGUAAACUUUCUCAACUCAACCAAACGAGGCUUGGCGGUAUUACAACUCUAACUAGUCUCAACUUAGCAAGGGGUGUCAUUCGGUUUAUAGUAAUAAGGCGUGUAGGAUGGAACAUGCCAGCUCUGCAAUCACUGGACAUUUCAUUCAAUAGACUAUCUCGUAUCGAUAAGAACUCCUUCUACGGGAUGACGAACCUUACUUUUCUCAACAUUUCAAACAAUCCAAUAAAAACAAUCGAAAACGCAGCUUUUGCAACCAAUGAUCAGCUUCGGGAGUUGCGCUUGGAUUUUCUCGAGAGUUUUGGUUCUGUGUGGACCCUUUUACGAAUCUAUAUAAACUAACUUCUUUGCAAUUGUCUCAUACACCUGUAAAACAAAUAACCUAUAAAUUGUUUACGGGGUUAACGAGCCUUCAGAGAUUACACAUGAAUUACUGUGAAUUAUCAGCUGUCAGCUUCUGGGACCCUCAUCUGAAUGUUCCAGUCCUGUCAAACCUUUCCAAAUUAGAAUAUAUUUUCCUCAAAGGAAACAAACUGACUAACUUGCUUCCAGGAACAUUCCAUGGACUCCAAAGUCUCAAGAGCUUAAAUAUGCCAAGUUGCAGUAUGGGGAAUCUCCACGAAGACAUCUUCAGGAAUCUUACAACCUUGAUAACCUUGGUGAUAGACCAGAAUCCAAUCAAGGAAUUGACAUCACAACACUUCAGAGACCUCACUUCGUUGAUUGGUGUAUCAGUCAAAAGCAAUGAAAUCAAGGAGUUAGCUGUAGAUUUAUUCAGUGCAAGCCCCAAACUGAGUUAUCUCUACAUCUCCCACAACCAUCUAACAACGAUUAAAGAAGGUACGAUCCUUCCAAAGAGAACCCUAGACCUCUCCUACAAUCCGUUCGGUUGUAACUGUGACAUGACAUGGUUCAUUGAUUGGGUAAACAAAGAAACAUUGAGUAUUAGCCACCCCGAUAAGACCAACUGCUCCCAAGCCUCUCUGUCCAAGUUCAAGAAUCAGCCCAUCCUAAAUAUUGAUCCAAGAGGUGUUUGCGGACCUAGAAUAAUUGUAUAUGUUAUCUCCACAUUCGUUAUUGUGACCUGCAUUGUGGUGAUAAUCGUGGCAUACAAGCGGCGAUGGCUGAUCAACUACAAGUGCUUCCACUUUAAACUGCUGUUUGUUGGCCAGCAUGGUGACCAAGACGGACGCGAGAGGCUCGAUUACGAGUACGACAUCAAUCUCGCGUUCGACGAGGAUGAUGAACAGUGGGUCAGGGGAAUAUUGAAACCAGGUCUCGAAGAACGUCUACCUGAUUUCGACAGGAUCGUCUGCGGAGAUGAUGACCUUCCGCUUGGAAUGUACUACAUUGAUGCCAUUUCCGAAGUCGUCGAGCAAAGUUAUAAAAGCAUCUUGAUCGUGAGUAAUCGAGCCGUAGACAAUCACGAGUUCAUCAGCAAACUACGUCUCGCGGUUGACCAAAUGAAUGAGGUCGAGCUAGAAAAGGUAAUUUUGAUAUUCAAGGAAGACAUUCCUGAUGGGCGUUUACCAUAUCUAGUCCGGCUGUUCCUUAGUAAGAAUAAACCGUAUUUCCGGUGGUCAGAAGAUGAAUAUGGACAAAAACUCAUGUGGGAGAAACUUGUCAAAGAACUGGCAUGGAACAAGAAAAUGAAUGACGUAUUACCUAUCUAAAGAAGACAGUCUUCAAAUUGAAAGUACCCCCCCCCCCCCCCGAGUAUAGUAUGUUUUGGAGUUUAUUACACCCCAAAAGAUUAUCGUUCAUUAUUUUGUAAGCAGUAUUGUACGGUACGUGGCAUAGCUUUGGACGGCACUGGGGCAUAUGCCAUGUAAUAGCAUGACCGGGGGGGGGGGUGAGAAAGAGAAAGAGGGACAGGGGCGUGAAAACAAAACGAGUAGGAUUUUGCCAACACCACUCCCAAACGAUGGACUUAUACUUAGCAUUUCAAUGUUUAACCAGAAGGAUGCCGAUGCCGCACAGCGAACUUGUGGCUGAACUCAUGCCCCGCCACUCUGGGAUCCGGUAACUUUGUCUCAGAUUCUAAAACAAAAUCCUGGAUUU